AUGUCAGGCAAUGGAUCCACACUGCAAAAAGCAAUUGAACUGGUAACAAAGGCAACCGAGGAAGACAAAAAAAAAAAUUAUCCAGAAGCGUUACGAUUAUAUAAACAUGGGAUCGACUAUUUUCUUCAUGCAAUUAAAUAUGAAGCUCAAAGUGAGAAACAAAAGGACACAAUUCGACAACGUUGUGCUUCUUACUUAGAUCGAGCUGAAAAAGUGAAGGAAUAUCUAAAGUCUGGUGGUGAUCGAAAGAAAGCAGUGAAAGAUGAUGCUUCUGGUGCGAAAGGUUCAGAUUCAGAUUCUGAGAAGGAUACCGAAAACAAAAAAUUACAAGAAAGAUUAUCAGGUGCCAUUGUUAUGGAGAAACCAAAUGUAAGCUGGGAUGAUAUUGCUGGUCUUGAGGGAGCUAAGGAGGCAUUGAAAGAGGCAGUCAUAUUACCAAUCAAAUUCCCUCAACUAUUUACAGGUUUGUGCAUUUUAUGA